ACGGCAAACAUUUCUCGCGCUAUGCGGACGUCGUUCCGCGUCUCUGGUCUCAACCGUGCGCUGGUUUUUUUUAGUUAUUUUGCAAAUUGUUAACACAUUCGUAAAGUUUUUCGAGCCCCAUAAGAUUCGUGAGUGCACAAAUUGUUGAAUAAACAAUAGGAAUGCCGUUGGAAAAGUGUCGUACCGCCGCGUGUUGAAGAAAAAACAGAAAAAGCAUGCAAAUCUCAUAGCGCUUGCCUUUCUUGUGUUUGUGUGUGUUUGCGUUUUGACUUUGCAGCAGAUGCUGUGGCCGGGCCGCCGCGAAGAAACAAACAAAACGCAAACAAGAAUUCCCGCACAAAUCUCAAAGCAACAGUAAAAUCAAUUGCAACAAAAAGCAAUAACAGAAACAACAAAUGUUUGUGUGUGGCAAUUUUUUGUAUAUUAUUAUAAAGCACCACUCUCUCUCUCUCGCUCUCUUACUCGGUGAAGAGUAUAUUGGAAGUGAGGAGCAACACGUCACUGGAAUUUUAAUCAAGGACCGCAGAAAUGCAGUCAGAAGCAAGUCAGGCGCGUGGCACAGAUACAACGCGGCACUAAUUGAGGCACAGCACGGUCAGCGCGACCACGUCCACGUCCAGGGCGAGGACUAGGACCAGAAUCAUGGCUUCAUUUGUAUGCAGACCAGGAGCAUUCAGAGCAACAAGAGCAACGGAAGUGCAGAGCAGCGGCUAAGCGGAAGCCAACAGCCGCAGCACAGGAAACAACAGAGGGAAAACACAAAACGCACACAGAAAACAGCAGCAGCAGCAGCAGCAGCAUAAAAUUACAGGAAGAGGAUUUGGAUUUGGAUUUGGAUUGGGAUCUCUGAUUCGGUUGCAGGAUGAUGAGCGCCGGGGGUACGUACAUCUCCACCGCCAGCGUGGAGGUGCCACAGGCGCUGCAGGAUGGCGAAAAAUUCAUACGAUGGGAUGAUGACUCGGGCACUGGCCUGCCCGUCACGAUGCGUGUGGAUGCCAAGGGCUUCUUCCUCUAUUGGGUGGAUCAGAACAACGAGCUGGACAUACUGGAUAUCGCCACCAUACGGGAUGUGCGCACGGGACAGUAUGCCAAGAAGCCAAAGGAGGGCAAACUGCGUCAAAUUGUGACCAUGGGACCGCAGGACACCACGCUCGAGGAGAAGACGGUGACCGUGUGCCAUGGCUCGGAUUUUGUCAACAUGACAUUCGUCAACUUUUGCUGCAAUCGGCGGGACAUCGCCCAGCUGUGGUGUGACGGACUCAUCAAGCUGGCCUACAGCCUGGCGCAGCUGAACGGCUCGGCGAUUAUGUUCCUGCAGAAGGCCCACACUCGUCUGUGUCUGCAGGUGGACAAGAGUGGCCGCAUACCAGUGAAAAACAUCAUUAAACUUUUUGCCCAGAACAAGGAGGAUCGCAAGCGUGUCGAGAAGGCGCUGGACGUGACCGGUCUGCCCUCGGGCAAGGGCGACAGCAUAUCGGUGUCCAAAUUUCAAUUUGAAGACUUUUACAAUCUCUACAAAUAUCUGACGCAGCGCUCCGAAGUUGAGGUGUUAUUUGACAGCAUCGUGGGCGUCUCGAAGCGCAAAUGCAUGUCCAUACCCCAGCUGGUGGAAUUUCUGAACAAAACGCAGCGAGAUCCGCGCCUCAACGAGAUACUCUAUCCAUAUGCGAAUCCUGCGCGCGCCAAGGAGCUCAUCCAGCAGUACGAGCCAAAUAAAUUCAAUGCCCAAAAGGGACAACUCAGCCUGGAUGGCUUUUUGAGGUACCUCAUGGGCGAUGACAAUCCCAUUAUGGCGCCCAACAAGCUGGAUCUCUGCGACGACAUGGAUCAGCCAAUGUCGCAUUAUUUCAUCAACUCCUCGCACAACACUUAUCUCACGGGACACCAGCUGACGGGCAAGUCCUCGGUGGAGAUAUACAGGCAGUGCCUGCUCGCUGGCUGCAGAUGCGUGGAGCUUGACUUUUGGAAUGGACGCACCGAGGAGCCCGUCAUUGUGCAUGGCUAUACAUUUGUGCCCGAAAUCUUUGCCAAGGACGUGCUGGAGGCCAUCGCAGAGAGUGCAUUUAAGACAUCCGAAUACCCUGUGAUAUUGAGCUUUGAGAAUCACUGCAAUCCCAGGCAGCAGGCAAAAAUCGCGAACUAUUGCCGCGAAAUCUUUGGCGAUAUGCUGCUUGAUAAGCCGCUCGAUUCGCAUCCGUUGGAGCCGAAUACGGAUCUGCCACCGCCGGCGGCGCUGCGGCGCAAGAUCAUCAUUAAGAACAAGAAGAAGCAUCACCAUCAUCAUCAUCAUCAUCACCACAAGAAGCCAUCGCAGUCGGUGGGCACACCAGCAGCCAGCAACAAACUGAUGACCGCCAAUUCAGUUGAUGCGGCGGCCAAGGCAGCGUCUGCAGCAGCAGCGGCGCAACAAGUGGCAGCAGCAGCCGCCGCCCAUCAGGAGGAGGGAGGUGCAGCGACCGUGCGCGCCGCCAACGGUGACAUUUCGACAGGAGCCGGAGGACAUGCCCCGCCACUGCAACAAAUACGACAAAGCUCGAAGGACAGCACUGGCUCCUCGGACUCGGAUAGCUCCUCAGACGAUGAAUCCCUGCCCAAUACCACACCGAAUCCACCCAGCGGCAAUGAACCGCCGCCGGAGAAGGCGCAAAAGGAAACCGAAGCGGGUGCAGAGAUCUCAGCGUUGGUCAACUAUGUGCAGCCCAUACAUUUCAGCUCAUUCGAGAAUGCAGAAAAGAAAAAUCGCUGCUACGAGAUGUCCUCGUUCGAUGAGAAGCAAGCCACAACGCUGCUGAAGGAGCGACCCAUUGAGUUUGUCAACUACAACAAGCAUCAGCUGUCCAGGGUCUAUCCCGCGGGCACACGCUUCGACAGCUCCAACUUUAUGCCGCAGCUCUUCUGGAACGCAGGCUGUCAGCUGGUGGCGCUCAAUUUCCAAACCCUAGACCUCGCCAUGCAACUGAAUUUGGGCAUCUUUGAGUACAACGCCAGGUCUGGCUAUCUGCUGAAGCCCGAGUUUAUGCGACGCUCCGAUCGCAGGCUGGAUCCCUUUGCCGAGAGCACUGUGGAUGGCAUCAUAGCGGGCACGGUGUCGAUCCAAGUGCUCUCCGGGCAAUUCCUCACGGACAAGCGUGUCAACACCUUUGUGGAGGUGGAAAUGUACGGCCUGCCGGCGGACACAGUGCGCAAGAGAUUCCGCACCAAGACAGUGCGCGACAAUGGCAUGAAUCCCGUGUACGAUGAGGAGCCGUUUGUCUUCAAGAAGGUGGUGCUGCCCGAGCUGGCGAGCAUCAGGAUCGCCGCCUAUGAGGAGGGUGGCAAGCUGAUUGGCCAUCGUGUGCUGCCCGUGAUUGGCCUGUGUCCGGGCUAUCGACAUGUGAAUCUGCGCUCCGAGGUGGGCCAACCCAUUGCCCUGGCCUCGCUCUUCCUGUGCGUGGUGGUCAAGGACUACGUGCCGCACGGCCUGUCCGACUUUGCCGAGGCGCUGGCCAAUCCCAUCAAGUACCAGAGCGAGCGGGAGAAGCGGGACAUGCAGCUGUCGGUGCUGACGGACGAGACGGAUGCUCUGGUCAGCGCCGAUGAAGAUUUGUCCAAGUCGUUCGUUUUCGUUCAAGUAGGUGGCCAGAAAAAGGAGCUGCGUCCCGUGGAGUCGCUUGCCACCUCGCCCAAGCAUCGAGCGAGCAUCUCCGCGGCGGCUGCCUGGAGCGUGGAGCCGCCCACCGACCGCACCGAUGGCGGCGGUGGUCUGGGGCGUGGCGCGGGCGAUGACAGCGAAUCGAUCAUGGCGCCCAGCAUCCAGCAUCAGCACUCGCUGGACCAGUCCGUGAGCACAUCCAUCAGGCAGGUGGAGUCCUCGCAGUUCGAUGUGGAUCCCGUGGUGGCGGAGCCGCUCGAAAAGCUGCUCGACCACAAGUCCGUGAAGGAGAAGCGCCUGGAGAUGGAGAAGAAGUUGGAGUCGCUGCGCAAGAAGCACGACAAGGAGAAGCUCAAGAUUGCCGGGCAGAAGAGCAGCCCCCUGGAGGGCAAGAAGCCGAAGUUUGCCAUCACCAAUAAGCUGGUGAAGCGGCUGAGCAACAAGAGUCUUAAUUGUCUCUCUCCAAACAGCGAACCGGGCGUGGAGGUGCCCGCCUGCCCCCUGGAUCUAGGCGACAGCAGCGAGGAGAGCGCUGGAGGGGCUGAUGCUGGCGAGGAGUCGGGCGCCGGUGGCAGCACCCUCGAGGGCACCCAAGAGUCGCGCCUGCGCAGCGCCUGCCGCGAGUACACGGCCCAGUAUCGUGAGCUGCAGGAGAAGUAUCACGAGGCCAUCUACACCGCAGCCGAGAAGGUGCUGAAGACCUCCCAGACCGGGCAGAUGAAGCAGCUGAAGGCAUCGCUGGACAAGGUCACGGGCGAGGUGAUGCAUCAGCUGCAGGAGGCACGACGCAACGAGGUCAAGAAUCUGGCCACUGUGCACAGGGAUCGGGAUGAGUUGGUUAGAAUGAAACGCGAGGUGGCCAGCUCUGUGGUGGAGCGUGGCGUGGCUGAGCGAGUGCGUCUGAAGCAAACCUUCGACAGGCGCACGGAUGACCUGCAGAAGCAACACGAUUCAGUGCGCAAUGCACUCGCCGAUCAUCGCGCCAAGGCCCGUCAAAUACUCGACAAGGAUGCAGAAUCUCGCAGCUGCGUCUCAAACAAUGGCUUCCUGGUGCUCUUCCAUGGACCGCAUCAUCAUGGCUGCUCGGGCUCCGGCUCCUCAGCCAUUUCGGGCAAUAAUCUCACACUGAAUCUGGAUGCCGGUGCAGCAGGUGGACUCUCCUCCGUGUCGCCGGCCAGGUCACACCACAGCAUCUCCGCGGCAACGGAAAUGAAGACGUAAACGUGAUACGAAAGUCUUCAAGAUGGUUCUUUAGUUCUUCUACAGUCGGUCUUCAGUAUUCGCGACAGGAAAACAAAAAAGUCUUCGUAGUUCUUAAGCUAAAAACGUAAAACAAAAAGCUACUUUUCGACGGGAACUCAACCUCGACUCUACCUUAGAUCUUAGGGCCACUAAAUCCUAAAGCCUAAAGCCCUGGAAUCGCUUUUUUCAUACUGAACAAAUUAGAAUGUAAAACGCAUGUGCGAUGGAUGUAUUUGUAGUGUAACUGUUAAUUGUGUAUCUAUAUAACUGUACUGUAACUAUCGAUCUAUACCUAAUGCAUGGAUGGAUAUCUAUGGAUAUCUAUGGAUAUCUAUGGAACGUGAAGACCCGAGCCGUACGGUUUCUUCCUACUCGAACUUUGCCGCACAACUCGCUGAGUGUCUAAGUGUUAAGCAGGGAAAACAA